GGCAACCCUCUAUCCCGGAUUAAAGUAGUUGAGCAAUGGAAGUUGACGGCGAAAAUACGUACAUGCUGCGUCCUAACUUCAAAACCAAGUUUAGACCAGCUGUUGCAAAGGAUGUCAUUAGAAAUACUCUUCAUGAGCAUCUAGACGGCAAAGAGUACAACUCUGAAGAGGCUAGCGUUUGGACGAAGACUAUUUGUGAUGAAAUAAAAGACAAAUUGAAAGAACAAGGGUUUGACCGGUACAAGUUCAUAGUCCAAGUAGUAGUGGGAGAACAAAGAGGAGAAGGAGUCAAAAUGGGAUGUCGAUGCUUCUGGGAUUCAGAUACAGACAACUAUGUACGGGAUGUGUUUAUGAACGACACCAUAUUUUGUGUAGCUGCAGCAUUCGGAGUAUUCUACUACUAGAACAGAAUCGUGAAAGUUUCAUCACAAAAGUGGAUGGCAAACAAAUAUAUUUUCUAAGCUUAAUUCACUCAUUAGCAGUGUGAAAAUAAUGAUAUACGUACAGUUACUAUGGGAGUGGGUAGGUUUAUAGACAUAACAACAACAGCAAUAUGCAUAUGUGUUGAUGGAUAGACACAUACAGUGCUAUAUCUGCAUGCCUAUCAAGUGUACACGUAAUAGUGAAGAACUGCAGUUUGUC